AUGCUACCAAGGAUCCUACUAUUCUCCUGCGCUUGGGCGAUCUCGUUGGCCCAAGCUGGCCCAACCGUCUCCACUCGAUAUGGAGAGGUCGAAGGCUUCGAAUCGGUGGGACGGGACGGAAACGUGGCCGAAGUCUUCUUGGCCAUCCCCUACGCUAAGCCACCCGUUGGAGAACUCCGUUUUGAGGUUGGUUUAGGGAUAAAAUCUAUUAGAAGUGUGAAAAAAAGUCCUUUUAAAUAAAAAAAUAAUAAAUCGGAACUUUUUUGUAUGUCACGGCAUCCAAUUCUCCUCACUGGAAGAUUUUUUUUAUUACAAAGAUACCAGGAAAUUUGAAUUUUUGUAAGCAUCCUCUGAGCUUUCAGAAGUUGAAUUUAGCGCCCAUUUCAACUUUUCUCCAUUUUUUCAAAGCAUCUGGUCAUCAUUUCUCCCACGCUUUCUGGAUCAUCUCUCUUCUCGAAUCCUAUAAUCCUUUUUGAAGCUUUCCGAGCGUUUUGUAAUCUAUCAGUGUUCUCAAAGCAGUUAAUCAUUUUCGGAGCUUGCAAAUAAUUCUCUUCAGAAGCCGGAGCUCCCUGAACCGUGGACCGGAGUCUACCACGCCACUCAGUUCCGCAACGACUGCACCCCUCACAUGAAGAGCGCCACCCUGAUGUCGGUCUACUCCGGCGAAGACUGCCUCACGUUCAACGUCGUCCGACCUAAAGGCAGCGAGGGCAAGAAGCUGCCCGUCCUGUUCUGGAUCCACGGCGGCGGCUAUGAGGUCGGCUCGGCCAGCCUCCACGGCUACAAGUCCUUCGUCGACAACUACGUCAAGCACGACAUCAUCGUCGUCAGCAUUCAGUACCGUCUCGGGUUCCUUGGUUCGUGUUGCUGAUAGUUCAUUUGAAGCUGUCUCAAGCUGCCUGCGCUCUCUUGAUUUUCGAAAGUAGAGCCCUGAGAGUAUCUUGAACUUUCUCCUGAUCUCUCAAAGCUCUAACACUCAGUAAGCGCUAGAAAAAGGAAAGAAUCACGGAUUAUAGUCAUUCAUCGCUGAGUCCUUUAAAUUUGCAUAUUUUCCAGGAUUCUUCAGCGAUGGCACUUCUGAAGUCACCGGAAUGCAGGGAAUGUUCGACGAAGCCGCGGCUUUGAAGUGAGAAACUCAAAAUAUCCAAAAAAAUAUAUUUUUCCAAUUUUCAGAUUCGUCUAUGAUAAUAUUGAUUCCUUCGGCGGAGAUCGCAACGAAAUCACCGUUUGGGGAUACAGUGCCGGCGCCGGAAGCGUUUCUCAACUUUCCUUGAGUCCUUAUAGUCGAGGUCAGGAUUAAAAAAAAGAGCCUAAAAGACUUUUAAAAGGCUUCUGAAAACGGAAUCUGACCUUGUUUUCCUUCCAGACUACUUUGCCCGGUCGAUCAUCAUGUCGGGCAGCGCCUUCGCCGGCUGGGCCACGGGUCACCAAGUCGCCAACCACUGCUUGGCCUUGGCCAGGGUCGUUGGCUGCCAUGGACCUCAUCCCAAGGAGUGUCUCAAGACGAAGAGCAUCGACGAGCUGAUGGACGCCGUUGAAAUUAUUGGCGGAACCACGGACAACAUCGACAUCGUCAAGUUCGGCCCGACCUUGGACGGAGACUUCAUCCCCUCGCAUCCGAAUGAGCUCGUCCGAGAUGCCCCAGUCAAGCCGACGCUCAUUGGCCUUUCCAGAAAGGAGGGAAACUUUUUCAGUGAGUUUUGAGUAGAACAAUGGAACCGCUUACUUACAAAAUGAAAAAGAGAAGUUUUCAAAUGGUAAAAGGGAGGAUUGUUGAGAUUAACAAUCAGAUUAAUAAAAAGUGCCUUGAGCAGCGCCUGAACGCCUUGAGCAGCGCCUGAACGCCUUGAGCAGCCCCUGAACGCCUUGAGCAGCGCCUGAACGCUUUGAGCAGCGCCUGAACGCCUUGAGCAGCGACUGAAUGCCUUAAGCAGCGCCUUAAAUUAUAUAAAGUGAUAAUCCUAAAAUCCGAUUGAUUUUCUAUAUCUUCAUUAACGACUCAUUUUUCAAAACCAAUUUCCUCAACAAAACAUUCAUUAAAAAAUGAUUGCAGCUGUCCUGAACAUGCUCCCGCAAAUCCAUUCCUUCGGAAUGAGCCCCAACGACUUGAAAACAAUGAACGAAUCCACCAUCCUCAACGUCAUCCAAAGGGUAAGUCCAAACAGACCAAGAGAUUCACUGUACUCUGGUCUCAGAAGCUUCUCUAUGACAACCGAUUCGGCGAGAAGCAAGAUUUGGCGGCGCGAAAAAUCGCGGAUCAUUAUUUGUCACGCGGCCGCCCCAUCGACAUCUAUUCCCAAGGGAACGGCUUUUUCAUCGACCGCUACACUGAGGUACAAGAAAGGCCAUGAUAAAAUAAAGUCGAAGUUCAUUCAGAUCAUGUCGGACAUCACUUUCAACGUGCCGGUUCUUCGCGAGAUUGAGAAGAAGCAUGAAGUUGGAACCCCGAUUUGGGCUUACAUGUUCGACUACUACAAUGACGCCUUGUUCAACGAACAAGUUCCUGAAGCUGCUAAAGGUAAGGAAUUUCAUAAAGUAAGGCUUUAAAAAGGGGAAUUUUGUGAAGAGCUCAAAAAACUGCCUAGAAUAGGGUCACAGGUAAAUGAAAUAGUAUAUUUCUCAAAACUGGUCACCUUUUACUUGAGUUCCAAAGAUGAUCGUUCAAAAACGGAACUUCCAGGCUCACCACACGCCAACGAGUACCACUACCUCUUCGAAAUCCCAAUGAUUGGCCAAAUCGACGUCAAUGUUGGAGAAGAUCGCCAAGUUCGCGACAACUUCAUCGAGAUGGUCGUCAGCUUCGCCAAGGAUGGGUAAAUCACCCGUUUUUCAAAGAAUAUACUAUUUAAAUUACUUUCAGACAACCAAAGGUGCAGAACAAGCCAUGGGACCCAGUCCAGAACCCGAAAAAUAUCAACUUUAUGCGUUUUACCAACAACGUUACCGCUGACGUUGGCUUGUUCUCAGGUUGGUUUCAAUUUCAACUUUUCCCAAAGUUGCCCCAUAUCCUAAUAAUUGGAAAAUUUUUCAGAAGCCGCGACUUUCUGGAAUUCAAUGGCUCAUGAAGGCUUCGACGUCGUCGACCCAUUAUCGUCCUUUCCAACGUCCUCUUCGGUGAUUUCUAGGCAUUUCAGUGAAGAAUUAUAA